AUGGAGAACAAUAAGAUUACUAUGUUCCGGUCACUCGAUGCUCACUUAACUAACUACACCAUCAAGGCCAAGAUCAUAUCAUUGUGGCAUAAAAAAAUGAAUGGUGAUGAUAAGCAAAUAUAUCGAGUUGAUAUGUUGUUGAUGGAUGAGGAGGGUUCAUUUAUUCAAUGUAGCUGUUUGAACAAACUUUUCAAACGGUUCCUCAAGCAUUUGGUUGUUGAUGACUGUUUAUUGAUUCACAAACCAUCACUUGCAAAAGAUACUACAAAGAUAAAGGUUACGGGAAAAGAUCAGAAGCUAUCUUUGUAUCCAUUCAGUUCUGUUCUGAAAAUAGAGAAUUGGUCUGGGCCUCGCUACUAUUUUCGUUUCACUGAUUUUAAAUCUGUGUUGACCAAAAAAGUUCCAGCUAAUACUCCUAUAGAUUUUGUUGGUUACGUGGUUGUGUCUUAUCCUAUUGAGGAUGUGGAUAAAAAGGAUGGCACUAAAGCCAAACGAAUGAACCUAACUCUCAAAGAUCUCCAUGAUACCAAGAUUAGUCUUACAUUAUGGGAAAACUAUGCAAUCGAGAUGUCCGAUUACAUGAAUGGUAAGAACCGCGAAGAUCAUGUGGUUCUUCUUGUGCAUUUUGGCACGGUAAACAUCUAUCAAGAAAAAAUUGGCCUUACCAAUAUGUUUGAAGCAAGUCGUCUAUUCAUUAAUUCUGAUAUUGAUGAGAUAAGAGAGUUCAAAAACAGGUAUGUGGAGAAGGAGUUUUCUCAAUCGUCUUCCAGUAAACAAUCAUGUUCUCAAGUGAUAUCCAAUGUUGAAGAUCAGUUUCUUAAUGCUGGUGACUUUGUGUUCAAUGCUUUCAUUUCUUCCAUUGAUAAGGAGAAGAAGGUUGUCAUUGUUGGUACUAUUAUUGCAAUAUCAAAUCAUAAGCCUUGGUACUAUUUAGCAUGCAAUCAUUGUAAGAAACAAAUUGAAGAGAGAUCUCAGCUGGUUGAAAAAGAGGACGGCAGCUUUCACGUUUUAGAUCAGAAUAUCAUUGAGUGUACAAACGCCAUAACAUAUAAUCUAAUUGCAUGUUUGGCUAUAUAUUUAUUGCUACCUAAUAGAUACAAGAUACCUCUAAGGGUUCAGGAUUCGACAGGGACUGUGUCUUGUACGUUGUUUGAUUAUGAAGCUAUUAAGCUUUUUAAGAAAACCGCCAAACAACUCCUGGAUGUUUAUACAAAGGUUGACAGUUCCACAGAAGGAGCCUUUCAAACACUUCCAACUGAGUUUGAUACGCUGAUCAACAGAAAGUUUGCUUUUCAAAUCAAAGUUUCCAGUUAUAACAUUGCUAACCAGUCGAAAAACUAUGGAAUUUCUAUGUUAUCUUCUGAUGACGACAUACUCUCAGCGCUAGAGAAUAAAUGGAAAAUUAAUGAGUUUGAUCAGUCUGAGUCAAAUGUUCAAUCAUUGUCUGAUUCGGUCGGUAAUGUCAAAUUCAUAUCAAAGGAAUCACAUUCUGUAAUUGGUGACAAUGUUACACCAGAACAUGUUGAUGUUACCGAUCAUGGUCAGUCAAAGUUGGAAAACAUCAAACGUAACCUUCAAGAAGUUUAUGAUGUUGAUGCUGUUGAUAGCUCUUCUACUAAACGUCCGAACAUUCCUGGGAAUGUUGAAAUAAAAGAUGUUAUCAAGUUUGACCUCAUCACCCCAAAGUUAGAGAAAUGA